GGACAAUCGGUGAGGAGAGUCUGUCUUGGCACUGAGACAUAUAAGAGUGGGAUGGGCAUUGGGGACGCAACGCAGUUUCCCCUUUGCAGUUGUGAGAAGUCGCAGUCUUCUCACACCACAAUCCCGCCCGUCAUGGCUUUCGCAGUAGUCACCGCGAGUCUGUUUCUUUCGGGGGUCCAGGCGCAAUCUUUGGCUUUGGCUGAGAGGUCUCUGCCUGAAAAGGCUCAGAUCAUUGACCAGAAGAGCUUCAAUGUCUUGGAGGUCGUGCCGCCCCCAUACGAGUUCAAUGCCACGUCAAAGUUCGUCUGGCCUGGGGUCACUGAGGAGUCUCUCAAGGAGAAGCCUUUCCACAUCUACGAUCCUGAGUUCUACGACAUCAUCGGCAGCGACCCGUCAUUGACCCUGAUUGCGACCUCGGAUACGGAUCCCAUUUUCCACGAGGCCGUAGUUUGGUACCCUCCGACGGAGGAGGUCUUCUUUGUCCAGAACGCAGGACCCAUCGCGGCGGGAACGGGCCUGAACAAGUCAUCCAUUGUCCAGAAGAUCUCGCUGGCCGAUGCCGAGGCUCUUCGCGCCGGGUCUCUGGAUACUCCCGAGGUCGAGGUUGUCACCGUGCCGUCGAACCCCCAAGUCAUCAACCCCAAUGGUGGAACGAACUACCAAGGCCAGAUCAUCUUUGCCGGCGAGGGCCAGGGCGACCGUGUUCCCUCGGCCCUCUACCUGAUGAACCCGCUGGAACCGUACAAUACAACCCUCCUUGUCAACAACUACUUUGGCCGACAGUUCAACUCGCUCAAUGACGUCGCUGUGAACCGUCGCAACGGAGACAUCUACUUCACCGACACGCAGUACGGAUACUGGCAGUAUUUCCGUCCUGAGCCGGGUCUGCGGAACCAGGUCUACCGCCUAAACCCCAAGACCGGCGCGUUGACUGUGGUCUCUGACGACUUCGUUUCCCCCAACGGAAUUACGUUCUCGCCUGACGGAACCUACGCUUAUGUCACUGACACUGGAAUCAGCCGCGGCCGUAUGGGGCAGAACUACACUGAGCCAGCCACUGUCUACCGUUACGACGUCAAUGAAGAUGGCACUUGGGAGAACCGCAAGACGUUCGCCCACACCCAUGCGCGUCUGCCAGACGGUGUUCACACCGACUCCAAAGGCAACGUCUACGCCGGCUGCAACGACGGUGUUCAUGUCUGGAACCCCUCGGGCAAGCUUAUUGGCAAGAUUUAUACCGGAACCGUCGCCGCUAACUUCCAGUUCGCCGGCGAUGGACGUAUGGUUAUUACGGGCCAGACCAAGCUGUUUUAUGCUACCCUCGCAGCUUCAGGGGUUGCCUUGACGUGAAUGAUGGACGGGACAAAAAAGGGUUUCGAGACUGCUGAAACAAGAUCUUUUUGACAAGACUUCACUGAUAAAUCGCAAUCAAUGCGCUGAGAUGAAAGAUAAUCGUGUUCUGCCGCUUGAACGGUAUUCCUCUGUCCCAAGGUACCCAGAAAUACCAUGUGGUUUGGAGCCCCUGCUAAGUACCCGGCUGUCCACCGUCCAGGCUUCCAGGGUUUGUAAUUGACGAUGCAGGACCUUUGC